AUGGAAGAUAUUGAACCCCCUUUGCGCGACCCCCUGGAUCCCAAAAAAUAUUACGACGGACUCAAGGGCGCCCAUGGAUCUCUCCAGGACAAAUUUAAUGAUAUUGAUGAAAAGGGUCAUUUCGAAACAUAUAUGCUUCGAUUAAAGAAGCCCAAUACGCAAAACUUUGUUCUAGACUUUGGUAACGAAGAUGCCUACUGUGCGACUGAUCUAGUGACGAAAGAUUUUAAAGCAUUGUUAAACCCAAAUCAACCGAGAUCUAAAUGUUUUGGCACACGAUGGAUUCAUCUAUGGGCCCCUGAAGAACAGACGGAUGCUAUCAAGGGAAUCAUGUCAUUCUACGGAGUGUCUGAAAGACUACAAGGCCUAAUGUGUACUGCGCCCGUCAUACGUCCAUCAGCUGGGAACGCCGAGCCAAAAAAGAGACGAUCACGAACCCACGAUUUGAAUAUGGAUCGUGAAUCAGAUGAUGUGGAGAAUGCAUUUGCUAUGAAGAAUCUACGAGAUACUGAGGACCUUCAUGAUACUUCGUCAUUUAAGCACUUGACUUUUUCUCAAGUCACAGACCAAAUCUGGCAUUUUUCAUCAGUCGAUCAUGGUCCAAGAUACACCUGCAUCGGUUAUAAUACAUUAUUCGUCACCCCCGGAGUGCCCAAGGAAAAGAAUGAGAAUGGGAUCGAUUUGCCUGAGGGGAAACGACUCUGGAACUGGUUGGUACUAUGUGACGACGGCACGAUCAUCUCAAUGCAGGAAAACCCAUUCCCACAUCAGAAGGGCCCUCUAGAUCCAGAUCAGCUCAAAAUGAUGGACAUUGUGCGCCGCAAUGUCCGCUUCAUAGUCUCGGGGGUUUCGAAGCAACACUUGAACAUGUCGGAAAGCGAUUCGUUGGUCACGAUUCGAGUUCGACAUUUCCACGAGGUCGGUCCGGAUCAAGCAAACAUUAAGCAAGAGGAUGGACCGAGUUUGCUUUACUACUACAUCUUUGACGACUGGGUGUCCAGUUACGGUCUGAUUGCAAAACGAGAACAUCAAUAUGGCGUGGCCCUGGAACGACUGAGACGUCAGAUGCUUGAUCGCCCGAUCGUGGAUUUGGUCAAUGAGCUCCACUGGCUGGGUCGACGAUUGGCCGUUCUGAAGCGAUUAUACCAGAGCUAUGAACUCAUCAUGCGACGUGUGUUACAGCGCCAGCGUUUACUUCGUGAUGAGGCCCGCUCGACCCACCCCCCGCCACUAGCCUUUGGUGCCACCUUUGGCGAUAUUGAGUUCGCAGACAUGCGACAGGGGAGCCUGGUCAGUUAUGGAAGCUUGUCAGACCGCAAGGAUAGGCCGGUCGGGGUGAUCCUGAGCUCGGCCGCCGUGGCAAGAUUUGAGAGACUCGUGGAUCGCAUCAACCUGUACUGUUUGAGCGAAAUUGAAUCAUGUUUGUUGGAAAAGGAGUCUUUAACAUUCCUAAACUUUAACCUGAUCGCCUUGAAAGACUCACAGGCCGUAGAGAAGCUCACCCGGAUCACAAUACUAUUGGCCAAAGCAACCAUGUUGUUCUUACCUGUCAGUCUCAUGACCGCCUACUUUUCGACUGAACUACAGGGGGUGAAAGGGGGUUAUACAAAAGCGGAUUACUGGGUCAGCUUUGCUGUCAUUUUCUUUGUGACUCUGAUUCUCCUAACAGUCUUUGGCUUUGCCAGUGAUACCGUGGAGGGGAAGACAAUCUACAGGUCGCUUGUGAAGAGCUUCUUCCGCUCGUCACGGGAGAGGAUCUCAAUGCCGCGAAGAAAGCAGCAGGAUGAUGAUUGA